ACACUACCCAGAUUUCAGUCGCACUCCUCUCUCUUCUCUGAAAGCACUGCACAUCUUCUGCUGCCAACACAGAGGCAGUUGAGCAGUGAGUGAGGAAUGUGAAGAAUGUGGAGUAGAGAAGCUCUACACACCUUUGCUCCUGGCCAAUCACUGUGGAAAGCAGAAGGCAUGUUUCAUUUCAGGUUCAGAAAAGUUUGAGAAAUUGGGUUACACAGAUGGUUCAUGUCUGAAAAUCUGAAAGGGACAUUUCACAGUUUUUACACAUAGAUACAUAAGUGUUUAGGGUCGCACCCAUCAAUAUGACCCCUUGCACUGACAGUAACCACUGGUCUUUUUUUACUAUAUAUUAAAUAUGUUAUCACAUGAACUGGAGAGAAUCAAGCAGGUCCUUGUAUUUGAGUAUAUGUAUAACCAGCAAAUGUUUGAACAAUCUAUGAACAAUUAGUUUAUUAAGAAAAAGAACAAUUGUAUUAUCUGUCAAUCAGCUAAUCGUUUCAGUACUAAUUCUGUGUUCCUUUCCUCUGCCUGCUCUUUCAGGGUUGGAUUGAUAACUUCAAUGGACCUAGUGGAAUAUUCAUUGCCGCUGGUAAGGGGAUCCUGCGUACAAUGAGAGCGUCUAAUGAUGCUGUGGCUGACCUGGUGCCUGUGGACGUGGUCAUCAACGCCACGCUGGCUGCAGCAUGGUACUCUGGAUCCCAGACACUCAACAGGUCUAAAAAUCUCCUGGUUUACAACUGCACAACCGGUGGGAUCAACCCGUUUCGCUGGGGGGAAGUUGAGUACCAUGUAAUAUCCACAUUCAAGAGGAACCCCCUUGAGCAGGCCUUCCGUCGGCCCCAUGUUAAUCUAACAUCCAAUCACCUAAUCAAUCAGUACUGGAUCGCCGUGAGCCACAAGGCUCCGGCCUUCCUCUAUGAUCUGUACCUCAGGCUGAUUGGACGAGAGCCCAGGAUGAUGAAGACAAUCACACGCCUCCACAAAGCCAUGAUGGUGUUGGAGUAUUUCACUAGUCACUCCUGGGUUUGGAACAAUGACAACGUAGCCAUGCUGAUUGCCCAGCUGAGCCCAGAGGAUAAGAAGGUGUUCAAUUUUGAUGUGCGUCAGCUGCACUGGGCGGAGUACAUGGAGAGUUACUGUAUGGGCACAAAAAAAUAUGUCCUCAAUGAAGAGCUGUCGGGCCUGCCUGCUGCACGCAAACACCUCAACAAGCUGAGGAACAUCCGCUAUAGCUUCAACACCAUCCUGGUGGUGCUCAUUUGGCGCGUCUUCAUCGCCCGAUCCCAGAUGGCCAGAAACAUCUGGUACUUUGUGGUGAGCCUCUGCUUCAAAUUCCUCUCCUACUUCAGAGCUUCCUCCACCAUGAGAUAAUGAUCCUGGAAAAGGGUGGCGGGUGGCAAGGCAAAGGGGCAAAUUAAUGAAGAAACACUUUCUGUGGAUGAUGAGAGGUUCCUGAGCUCAAAGCCCUUGAAACAGCCCUGCCUUUCCCUUGAGGAUUAAAUGGAACCGUUAAGCCCGUGAAACAAAAAGCUACUGGACGAGCCUGGAGUCCACACCGUCUAAAUGUUGCAUAUCUGGGAUCUAUCUUACCUGAUCUCGAGCAUUUAAUGAAACGUAGAGGGCAUGAAUUGAUCUCACAAUGUACAAUGCUCAGACUAACAACUCUUGGACUCGUUGGAGUAGCAGGAGCACACGCCCUGAUUCUGUUCAUUCGCAGUCAUUAGGGUCCCCUCUGGUGCCAGCUUUACUGGGGCAGUCUUUUAAGCUCAAGGGAACCCAAAUGUGCUCCAUCUCGUCUGUCUGCUCGCCUGGCUGCCUGCAAAACAAAGCUAUGCAUUGGAUGAUGCUCAGCUGCAAAAAUCUCAGUUGGUUUUGAGUCAGUCCAGGCUUCCUCUUCUGUGUAUGUAUUAUUUCAUUGAAGAAUAAUUACUCCAACUGUUAUGUAAGUUAUAUUUCACCUGAAAAUGUAACAUUUAUUUUUUUGAGGUUUGUGUGUGUCAUUUAUUCUGCUAGUAAGGUUACACAAAUGUAUCAUAAGCAGGGUUUUCAUAUGAAAGCAACUUUUGCAAGGCAAAGCAUAAGUUACUUUUCUUCUGUGGCAUUGGAAGGAUGAUUCUGUAUUGACUCGGUGAAGGUUUGUGGACAGGCUAGCCUAGAAAUCAUUGUUUAAACUCGGCCUUGCCCUCCAAACCCCAUCUCUAAGAACAAAGCCAGUUCAAGUAAUGUUAGACGGGUGUGUUGACAGCUUGGUGUAAAGAGAAAGUUGUCAUUGCGAGGGCUUAGGGGGGCCCAUGCCCCACCUAGAAUUGUCAUUGGCUGUCUUUAAUCGUCCUGCUAACAAUGCACUCCUGUAUGUCCCCAGUAAACUGCAGUGGCUAGUUCCAUAAUAACGACCAAGCACAACAUAGAUUGUAAAAAGAUGGCUUUAUCCAGUGCCUACAAACUUAUUGUUCUUUCAUCAGCAGAUCUUGCAAAUCAGGCUUCUUCUACAGGUUUCUUUUUUGUCAUGUCUGAAAGUAAUUUGUGUCAUUUGCUCUUAAAGCUAUUUUUGCCAAAAUACCGCUUAACUAACAGGCUCAGUAGAGGAUGGGACGGGUGUAGUUGAGAGGAGAAAUAUUGUCACCUUUUGGUUUCUUUUUCUCAGUCAACUCUUUCAUUAUUGGUUAACAUAUUAAGUCAUUUAUUACACUGUGGGCGAUGACUUUUACUCAUUGGUCAUUGGUUAGUACACUAACUUUCAUGUCGCUUCAACAAUAGCGUACCAUUUUGUAAAAAGUUGUUACUUUUCUUCUUUUCCUGUUUAAGUCAUUCUAAUGGUUCAUAGUUUGUCAUGUUACUUGUCCAUUUACUAUCUUAGUUCUGUAAAUAUAAGUAUGCAGGAUUUGUCACAUGCUCAUGCUGUUUAUAACCUGCUGUUAAACUCUCGGACUGUUCUGUUGCCUUCAUCCUUCUUGUUGCAUAAGAAAUAUUGGCUAGUUACAGAUUUUGCAACAUUUUGUUUGUAUAAAAUUUUUCUGGGUUUUUAUAGGAAUUAAUCGUUAUUGCCAUAUUAAGUCUUACAUUUACAUACUUGAGCUUUACCUGUGCACAUUUGUCUCAUCUGAUUUCUCGAGCACACUACGAUGUUUAAAAAAAAAGCAUGGUGUGAGCAUGUGCUCAUCUUUGCUUGUGCUUGCAUGUGUCUUCGGCAUAGUAGCUUCAAACGCCUACAUGUGCGUCCUGUGAAUGUUCUGGAUUCAUUAGGAAUUGGAUUGGUCUUUUUUACUUUCUCAGCAUGAACCAUUUUACAAAGGAUCGUGUGACUUAGUGGAAAGAUGCACCAUUUUUAAAAGACGUGAAUCGUGCCUAAACUUUUUUUCAAUAUUCUAACUAUGUGAAAAGAGCAAUCGGAUCUGUUUUAUAAUUAUUUUGUGUACAGCUCUAUUUAGGUAGAUUUCAAAAUACAGAUGUAUUUUUCUGCUAAUGACAUUGUGUGGUUAUUUUACUUCAGCUGCUGUAAAUAAUACUUAGUAAAUAUGGAUGUAAGUGCAGUUUGUCCAGAGCUGAGUUUCAAUGUUUUAAGUUGCUGUCUACGCAUUUACAGAUAUUUACAUAUACACGUAUACAUAAAUACAUGUUUUAUUACGUUAGACUUAUUCUACAAUAGAUUAAGUCCAUUUUUUGCCUCAAAUAUCUACACACAAUAGACAAGACAAAGUGAAAACAGGUUUUUAGAAAAUAUGCAAUUUAUUUAUUAGACAACAGUAGGUUAUUUAGGGGUUACAUAUCUGUACACACCCUUAGCCUGAUACUUAGUUGAUGCACCUUUGGCAAGGAUUAAAACUUCAAGGCAUCUUGGGAAAGAAGCUACGAGCUUGGCACACUUGUUUCUGGAGAUUUCUGCACAUUCCUCUUGGCAUAUCCUUGCAAGCCCUGUCAGGUUGGAUGAGGACGUGGCGUCGGUACACAGAUGUUCAAUUGGAUUCAGGUCUGGGCUCAGGCUGGGCCACUCAAGGACAUCCACAGACUUUCUCCGAAGCCACUCCUUUGUUCUCUUGGCUGUGUGCUUCGGGUCGUUGUCCUGUUGGAAGGUAAACCUUCGCCCCAGUCUGAGGUCCAGAGUGCUCUGGAGCAGGUUUUCUUCAGGGUAACGCUUGGCAUUAGGGCCAAAAAGUUCUAUUUUGGUUUCAUCAGACCAGAUAAUUGUGUUUCUCAUGGUCUGAGAGUCCUUUAAGUGCCUUUUGGCAAACGCCAAGCGGGCUGUCAUGUGCCUUUUUACUAAGGAGUGGCUUCCGUCUGGCCAUAAAGGCCUGAUUGGUGGAGUGCUACCUGGAUGGUUGGAGUGCUGCCUGGAUGGUUGAUCUUCUGAGAGGUUCUCCCAUCCCCUCAAGGAUACGCUGGAGCUCUGUCAGAGUGACCCUCGGGUUCCUGCUCACCUCCCUGGCACCACCAUUGCUCAGUUUGGCCGGGCGGCCAGAUCUAGGAAGAUUCUUGGUGGUUCCAAACGUCUUCCAUUUAUGAAUGAUGGUGGCCACUGUGCUCUUUGGGACAUGUAACGCUGCAUCAAUGUUUCCAUACCCUUCUCCAGAGCUGUGCCUUGACACAAUCCUGUUUCUGAGGUCUGCAGAUACUUCUUUUCAUCCCAUGGCUUGGAUUUGGCUCUAACGUGCACUGUCAACUGUGGGACCUUAGCAGGUGUUGGCCAAUCAUGUCCAAUCAAUUUCAUUUACCACAGGUGGACUUCAAACAAGUUGUAGGAACAUCUCAAGCAGUAUCAGUGAAAACAAAAUGCACCUCAGCUCACUUUUGGUUGUCAUAUCAAAGGGUGUGCACACUUGUGCACAUAUGAUAUUUUAUAUUUUGAUUUUUUAAUAAAUUAGCACAAAUGUCUAAAAACCUGUUUUCACUUUGUCAUUAUGGGCUAUUUUGUGUAUGUACGUGAACUCAAUCUAUUGUAGAAUAAGUCUGUAACGUAAUAAAAUAUGGAGAAAGUGAAAGGGGUGUGCAGACUUUCUGGCUUGACUACUUUUUUGUCUCUGAAUGUAAUAGAAUAACACAGCCAGACUCUUCCUUUUGACUCCUGAAACAAGAAAUUAACAAUACUGUCAUUUGAAUAUUAAGGAAGUGUUUGUUCAUUGGAGUGUCGUGCGAUACUUUUCUGCUGUUGUAACUCCAUUUUCUUGUAACUGUGAGUGAGUAGGUCAGAUGUGAUGGUGAUGACCCGGUCCUUUUCCUGUUCCCACAAUACUGAAUCAUAGCAAUGAUUUGUUCAUCCAACAGGGCAAGUUACACAAAUUGCAUCAUCCUCUACUCCACUUGGAACAAAUCCUAAACGGUCACAUUGAUCCAUUAUUCUAAUAAUUGAAAUCUCCAGAAAACAUGGUUUCAAAUAGGUAGAACAUAAAAUAUUCAUGUCUGGUUAGCUUAGCUUAGUAUAAAGACUGGAAAAUAAAAGGAAACUGCCACCCUGGCUCUAUCCAAAAGUAACACAAUGUGCCUACCAGCACGGUAGGCAGGCUGUGCGACCAGCGGAGACUGAGUAACAAGGAUAUGCAUGUUCAUGACAGCCUGUGUAUUGAUCUUCAUUCUUUUUCCGGCUUCUUGUUUUCAUGGCUCAAAUAUUGUGUGCUUUUUUACAUGGCCAACACAACAUGGGUCCAUAUGCUUAGGCUGUACUAGCAUUGCUAAAAGUUUUUCUUCCGAGGUUAUGAUUACAUUCAGAAUGCUUACAGUGUCGAUGUUCAUUUUUAAACAUGUUCAUUGCUCCUGCUUUGAGCAGCGGGUCACUGUGUUUAGUUUCAGAAGGAGAAAAGGGAGUUUUUUCCACAGUCAAUGUGAAACUCCCAAAACAAUGAAAUCAAUGGGUGCCUUUUUGUUUGUAAACCAAAAAGAAGGAAUAAACUGUUUAAUCCUCA